AUGGACCAAGCACAGUCCAGGGCUCUCGAGGCCUUGCAACCAUUCAUACACCUGACUACAUCAUCUACAGCCUCUUCGCCUCGCUUUGUUGCCAACAUAAUCGCAAAUGCCACCUCGAACCCAAACACAUACGUAUUCGCCGAGCUUCUGGAAACGCCCGCUGUGCAGGCCCUGCGCUCAUCAGAAACUCCAGAAGAAUUCCGAGGUUAUUUGAAACUGCUUGAAAUAUUUGCCUGGGGCACAUGGCAGGAGUAUCAAGAGACAGCCGGACUCCCAGCUUUAAAUAAUGAACAAGCGCUAAAACUCCGUUUAUUGUCCCUCCUCACGUUGUCGAGCACCCUCCGCCCCCUCACGUACCAGGGUUUGAUGCAAGCUCUCUCAAUCACCAGUGCAGCCGAGCUCGAGUCCCUCGUCACAACAGCAAUCUAUUCAUCAUUAAUCGUGGCGCGGCUCUCGCCUGCUACCAACCCUCCGACAGUCAACGUUACCGCAGUUGCACCAUUACGAGACGUGCGAGCCCAAACCGUAUCAGCCAUGAUCUCAAUCUUAUCCGAAUGGGAAGACCGCUGCGGAGACAUCAUCAACGGGAUUGAAGCCGAAAUCGCAAAAAUCAAAGAUCAAACCGUCAAGAACGCCAUUAUGGACCGACAACGUACAGCCGCUCUGGAAAAAGCUAUUGCUGACUGGGACGGAGAAUCCAACGAGAACACAACUGGCGCCGCUGGUCUACGUGGGAAAAAUGUCAAGCACGGUGUUCGCCAGGCGAAAGCCGGAUUCAGACCAGGUAGUUCUUCUGCAGCUGGUGGUACUAGCAACAAACGUGAAUACAGCGCCGAUGACCUGGAAGAUGAAGACGAUGGCUACUUUGAAAAUGGGAGUGAUGGCGGAUUAGACGUAUACGGCUCUCGUAUGGAUAUUGACGAAGGUCUAGGUGGCAGCAGUAGCACAGGAAGGGCGACUGGACCUGCUGCAGCCAGGCAAACGAAGCGUCUACUUGGUGUAGGAAGGAAAACCUGA